UGCGCGCUCCGCAGGCUUGCUUGUUGUUCCCGCAGAGAGGCAAGAAGAUGGCGGCCGUGUCGAGCGGAGGUGCAGCUGGAUCCGCAGCGGCCGGGAUUACGCACCCUACCCGACCAGCCCCCGCAGGCAUGGGCGCCCCAAACCGAGCACAGCCCACCUCUGGAAUCAGCCACCCCGGUCGAGCUGCCCCGGCUGCUGGCUGCAUCACCAGCCCCAGCCACCUCCCGGCCAGCAGGCCCCCCCCAGCUCGAGUGGGCUACUACGAAAUUGAGCGGACCAUCGGCAAGGGGAACUUCGCUGUUGUAAAACUAGCCACUCACAUCAUCACAAAAGCCAAGGUGGCCAUUAAGAUAGUGGACAAGACCCAGCUGGACGACGAGAACCUGAAGAAGAUCUUCAGAGAAGUGCAGAUCAUGAAGAUGCUGAGACACCCUCAUAUCAUUCGCCUCUACCAGGUGAUGGAAACUGAGAGGAUGAUCUACCUGGUAACCGAAUAUGCCAGCGGUGGGGAGAUAUUUGAUCACCUGGUGGCACACGGGCGGAUGGCGGAGAAGGACGCGCGGCGGAAGUUCAAGCAGAUUGUGGCGGCCGUCCACUUCUGCCACUGCCGCAACAUCGUACACCGCGACCUGAAGGCCGAGAACCUGCUGCUGGACCACAACCUCAACAUCAAGAUCGCAGAUUUUGGCUUCAGCAACAUGUUUUCGCGGGGCCAGCUGCUGAAGACGUGGUGCGGCAGCCCCCCCUACGCGGCGCCCGAGCUCUUCGAGGGGAAGGAGUACGAAGGGCCCAAGGUGGACAUCUGGAGUCUCGGUGUGGUUCUGUACGUCCUCGUGUGCGGCGCCCUGCCCUUCGACGGCAGCACUCUGCAGAACCUGAGGGCCCGCGUGCUGAGCGGAAAGUUCCGGAUCCCCUUCUUCAUGUCCACAGACUGCGAGUACCUGAUCCGGCACAUGUUGGUGUUGGAGCCCAGCAAGCGCCUCUCCAUGGAGCAGAUCUGCAAGAACAAGUGGAUGAGACAGGGAGACCCAGACCCUGAGUUUGACAGGUUGAUAGCCGAGUGUGAGCAGGUGAAGUCGGAGCGCGAGGUGGAGCUCAUCAAUGAGCAGGUGUUGAUAGCCAUGGCGGAGAUGGGCCUGGACCGAGAACGCACGCUACAGUCUCUGCACACAGACGCCUAUGAUCACUACAGCGCCAUCUACAGUCUGCUGUGUGACCGGCUCAAGAGGCACAAGACCCUGCGCAUCGCCCCGCCCACGCCCCGUCCCAUUGGCUACCCCAUCAACACGGUGCAGACGGAUCAGCCGGGUAAUCCAGUUAGCAUGACCGUCCCUCAUGUUCAGCUCAUCAACCCAGAGAACCAGAUUGUGGAGCCGGAUGGGAACAUGGCAUUGGACAGCGACGAGGGGGAGGAGCCGUCACCCGAGGCCAUGGCCCGAUACCUGUCCAUGCGCCGGCACACUGUCGGAGUCCCCGACCCCAGGGCGGAGAUGCAGGAGGAGCUCCAGAAGCUGGUCCCCGCGUUCCCCCGAACGGCCCCCCAGCCCCACUUCCCCCCGCUGGCCCCCAACAUGGGGCACGACCACACCCUGGUGCCCACACAGAGCCUGCAGCCCACGCAGCACCUGGAGUACAAGGAGCAGUCUCUCCUGCAGCCCCCCACCCUGCAGCUGCUGAACGGCAUGGGGCCGCUGGGCCGCAGGGCCUCGGACGGCGGGGCCAACAUCCAGCUGCACGCCCAGCAACUGUUGAAGAGACCGCGCGGACAGUCCCCGCUCGUCACGAGCCCCCAUCCCAUUCCAGCCGUCGCCCCCGUGGAUGAGGAGGGCUCGGACGGAGAGCCGGACCAGGAGGCGGUGCAGAGGUACCUGGCGAAGAGCUCCAAGCGGCACACGAUGCACGCGCCCAUGAGCGCGCCGCCCGCUGAGCCCCCGCCCGACACGCAGCGGCCCCAGAGCUCCCGCCAGAGGGGGUGGGGCCAGGAGCAGCACAGCCGGUCCAUCUACAAGGACUGCAACACGCUGCACCUGCCCAUGGAGCGGUUCUCUCCGGUGCGGCGCUUCUCUGACGGAGCCGCCACCAUCCAGGCCUUCAAGGCCCACCUGGAGAACAGCAGCCUCAUCCGGCAGCUCAAGCAGGAGUGUGAGCAGCUGCAGAAGAUGUACUCCGGGCCGCAGGAUGAGCGGCUGAUGGAGCACACACAGCAGCAGCACGUCCUUUACCAGCAGGAGCAGCAGAUUCUACACCAGCAGAUACAGGCCCUCUCCCUGGGACAUGGAGAAACCCAACCCAGCCACCUCACUCACCAGCUCCAGAGGUUACGUAUCCAGCCCUCCAGCCCACCUCCUACGCAUCCCAGCAACCACCUGUUCAGACAGCCCAAUCAGAGCCCUCCCCCUGGCAGCUCGGUGAUGAUGCAGGGACAUGGUGGGCCCUCCUCUGUAUCGUACCAGCACGGCGCCGCCCUCUACCAGACUCCCAGUGGAAGCCCGCCCCCCACUGGUCUCCCCCGCAUGGCCCUCCCCCAGCAACAGCCCGGCCUCCCCCGCAAUGUUGGUAUGGCCCAGGCCAUGCCCCAGCAGCAGGUGACCAUUCAGGUGCAGGAGGCGGAGCUGGGGGGCGGGGUCCAGAGGCAGAGCUACCUAUCCACGCCGUGCCACAGGGUUCUGGGGAAACAGCUAAGUGCUGACAGUGCGGAGACCCACAGUCGCAGCCUGAGCCGGUUCCACUGCUCCACGGGUUACGAUCCAGCCCAGUUCAACCCUCACCUGUUCGGGGAGGGCGCCCGGGGGCCCGCAGGGGGUGGGGUAGUGGGCGGGUACAACCCCUACCUGCAGGGCACCUCCCUCAAGGUCCCGGGGCUGGAGGCCUACCAGGCCGGCGGGGGCUCGGCGGGGGGCGCGGGCUACGGGAGCCCCUCGGCGCUGCAGCAGGCGCUGCUGUCCCCCACCCCGCCGGAGUACCGGCCCUCUCAGCACGUCACCCCCACCCUGCAGGGCCUCCUGUCCCCCCGCCACUCCCUGACCGGCCACGCCGACCCCCGGCUGCCCCCGCAGGACCUGGCCGCCCUGCUGAAGCGGCAGAGCCCCCGGCCCACGCCUCCGGCUCCCCCCGCCGGCGCCCCCCAGGACUACAGCGAGCUGCUGCUGCUGCGCCACCUGAGCCAGGGCGAGUCGCUGGAGCCGCCGCCCCCGGCCGCCCCCGCACACUACCACCACCUGCUGCAGAUCCGCACCGCCGACUGCCCGCCACCGCUGCCCCACUCCGAGAGCAUGGAGGAGGACGAGCCGCCCGGCUACCACGAGGAGCUGCUGGCCAAGGCCGAGGCCUGCCUGGAGGGGCACGACCUGCUGGGGCCGCCCCGUGGCUCCACCCCUCCCUACAGCACACCCCCGCACAGACACGCCUACCUACGCAGCGCCACCACCGCCAGAGACUCAUCUGAGCAUGUGGAGUGUAGGACCCCAGGGCAGGCCAUGGAGGUGCCUGAUCACAAUGGCGUGGGCUAUGUAACCCGGGGACCCCAGGGGGAGGGGUACCGUUCCCGUGGGCCCCUGCAGCGGCACCACACAAUCCAGACCUGUGACGACGCCUAUGAUCAGGCUGAAUCCAUGGCAGGAAUGAGCCUAUUGGCCGGGAAGGCACUUAGCUCCGCCCGGAUGUCUGACAUCCUCAGCCAGUCAUCUCUGACGGGGAGCCAGCAGCUUCACCAUCGGGAAGAGUCGGUGUGUGAUGUGGAGGGAGAGCUCCACGCUGCCACCUGCUACCCCUCCUCCUGCACCAGCGACAUGCUGCUCAGCUACAAGCCCCCUGACCUGCAGUACAGUAUGGAGCAGGCGGGAGUCUAACACAGGGUUUUCCAUAUUGUAUAAAGGUCCAUUUCAGCCACCCGUGUUGAGCAGAAUCACGCCAAACCGCCAUUGUUUGUCUAGAGGGGGCGCUGUGUCAGUUCUGGGGGGGAGCCCACAAGCAGCCCACAAGAGACAGUGGGGAGGGGGACUGGGUGGGUGACACGCCCCCAGCAUUCCGCAGACCCGCCCUGCGAGCGUUGCCAUUGGCUCUCUCCAUCAGCUCCUCCAUCUAGUUGAAUAGCUUGGACUCUACUACUGUCCUCUGUUCCUGUUCUGCUCACGCCCCUCUUCCACCAACCCUGCCCAAUCAGUACAAGCUACGGGUUGUCUGGGGCCCUCCCUCUUGACGUCGCCACAGCAACACGCCCGUGCUCGCAUCUGACAGAGAUAUGUACACAUUGUGACAAACCCUCUCUUAUACAUACGUGCAGACACAAUCAUAGUAUUGCCAUCAGCUCUGUUGGCGGGGGUGUUCAUGUGGCCGCCUAUCCCCACUAUCCUUGUUUCCCCCCCUACUGUAUCCCAGUGGACCAUUCUGGAGUGGGCUGUGUGCUCAGAGUCGUAUGGAGCUGAGGGUAGGAACAGUCCAUUCCACAGAGCUGGCAGUGGGGGUGGGACUCAGGGGCUGGGCAAGGGAGAGGCCUUCCUAUGCCACACUGCAAGACUUACAGAAACUGCAGGCCUGUGGCACUGAGAUCGCCCCAGAC